AUGGCUAGUAGAUUUGAUCACCAAAAAACAAUCUUCUUCCCUGAAGCAAGAAACAAAUGGAUUCACUUACGGUUUAUGGACUUCAAAACCGUUAACGAGUAUAACUCUGAAUUAUGUCACAUCAAAUCCACCCUGGAGUAUUGUGGAGAGAAACUAACUGAUGCUGAGAUUCUGGAAAAGACAUACUCUACAUUAAUCCAUGCCUCACAUAUGAUACUAUCUCAACAGUACAGAGCCAAGAACUAUACUCUGUUUUCAGAGUUGGUCACAGUUCUGCUCCUCGCCGAGAAGAACCAUGAUCUUCUUUUGAAGAACAACCAGGCUCGUCCAGUUGGUACUCGACCUUUGCCAGAAGCAAAUUUGGUCGAUCGAAAUCCUCAACCUUUGCCAGAAGCAAAUUUGUCAACAGAAAUAACCGUGGAGAAGGCAGAGUAUGGGCAAAGGGGGAAUAUGCCAAGAGGAGGUAACAAUGCUCAACCUAGAGUUGCGCAGCAGAAUAGAGCCCCGAAUCAGAAUCAAAAUCAGAACAGAGAUACAUGUCAUAGAUGUGGUGGAACUGGACAUUGGUCACGCACCUAUCGUGCGAGGAACGUUAUGGUUGGUUGGGUAAAUAACAAUACACCACGGGAGACCAACUUGGUUGUGAUAGACGUUCUCAAUGAGGAGCCCAUUGCUCCACUCCCAAAUCUGGGCACAUUUGACCCAGUGACCCAGUUUGGAAUAUGA